UUAAAAAUUGUAAGGCACAAAAGGUGAAAGGCUAAGAAGUAAGAACAAGGAGAUCACAAAAGAUGUCAGGGGCACAAGGAGCACAACCAAAGGAGUCAUUGACAGCAACCACAUAUGAAUCAGUAGAAGGAGGAGCAAAUCGAACAAGGACUGACCUGCGUUCAAAGGAGGAUCAAGGUAGCAUUCAAGUCGAUAAGUUGCAGGAGAAGGUCAAUGAUCCUGCAGGCAAAGGUGGUCCAGUGUUUGGUGCUGGUAAAGAUGAGAAUAAGCAAGACCUUGGUGUUACAGGCACUGGCUAAUUAAUUAACCUACCACAUAUAUAUAUGCAUGGUGCUUAUGUAAUUCCUGAGUCACUUUAUCUUUCUGUGUUUUCUGUUAGGAUUUUUGCGGAUGAAACUGUAGUAUGAUGCUUCCUGUGUAAUUAUCUAUGUGGUGAAAGUUUUAUGGAAUAAUGGGAUGUAAUGAUGAAGUGGUUAAUGAUAUAUAUAGCAAGUUGUUAUUCA